CCUGAUCAAGGCUUUAAGCCUAAAAGAAAGCAGAAAUAGGUCAAGGGCAGCCCAAGUGCCCAAUUUCUCUCUCUCUUCACAAGGCACCACCAGCAAUAGAGAUGAGAAAUUCUGAAGAACAGCCAAGUGGAGGAACCACAGUGUUGCAGCGUCUGCUACAAGAGCAGCUCCGCUAUGGCAAUCCUAAUGAGAAUCGCAACCUGCUUGCCAUACAUCAGCAAGCCACAGGGAAUGGCCCUCUUUUCCCCAGUAGCAGUGGGAACCCAGGCCCUCAGAAUGAUGUGUUGAGUCCCCAAGACCACCACCAACAGCUUGUGGCUCAUGCUGCUCGACAGGAACCCCAGGGGCAGGAAAUCCAGUCAGAAAAUAUCAUCAUGGAGAAGCAGCUUUCUCCCCGAAUGCAGAAUAAUGAAGAACUCCCAACCUAUGAAGAAGCAAAGGUCCAAUCCCAGUACUUUCGGGGCCAACAGCAUGCCAGUGUUGGAGCUGCCUUCUAUGUCACUGGAGUCACCAACCAGAAGAUGAGGACCGAGGGACGCCCAUCAGUUCAGCGGCUUAAUCCUGGCAAGAUGCACCAGGAUGAAGGACUCAGAGACCUUAAGCAAGGACAUGUCCGCUCCUUAAGUGAAAGACUAAUGCAGAUGUCACUGGCCACCAGUGGAGUUAAGGCUCAUCCACCUGUUACCAGCGCUCCCCUCUCCCCACCACAACCCAGUGACCUCUACAAGAAUCCCACAAGUUCCAGUGAGUUCUACAAGGCCCAAGGGCCACCUCCCAGCCAGCAUAGCCUGAAGGGCCUGGAACAUCGAGGCCCCCCACCAGAGUAUCCCUUCAAGGGCAUGCCACCCCAGUCUGUAGUGUGCAAGCCCCAAGAGCCAGGGCACUUCUAUAGUGAGCAUCGUCUGAACCAGCCAGGGAGAACAGAGGGGCAACUGAUGAGGUAUCAGCAUCCCCCUGAGUAUGGAGCAGCCAGGCCGGCGCAGGACAUCUCAUUGUCAUUGUCGGCCAGGAGCUCACGGCCCCACAGUCCUACUUCUUCCCUCACAUCUGGGGGUUCCCUGCCCUUGCUGCAGUCUCCACCAGCUACAAGAUUGUCUCCUGCCCAACACCCCUUGGUGCCAAACCAAGGAGACCACUCAGCUCACCUACCUAGACCACAGCAGCAUUUCCUUCCAAACCCAGCUCACCAGAGCGAUCAUUACCGGCUCCCUCAGCCUGGCCUGAGUCAGCAGCAGCAGCACCACCACCACCACCAUCACCAGCAGCAGCCCGGAGAAGCCUAUUCAGCUAUGCCUCGGGCUCAGCCGUCAUCUGCUUCCUACCAGCCAAUGCCAGCAGACCCCUUUGCCAUUGUUUCCAGAGCCCAGCAGAUGGUUGAGAUCCUGUCAGAUGAGAACCGGAACUUGAGGCAGGAAUUGGAAGGAUGCUACGAGAAGGUGGCAAGACUGCAAAAGGUGGAAACAGAAAUCCAGCGUGUCUCGGAGGCAUAUGAGAACCUUGUAAAGUCAUCCUCCAAAAGAGAGGCCCUGGAGAAAGCCAUGAGAAAUAAGCUUGAGGGUGAAAUUCGAAGAAUGCAUGACUUCAACAGGGAUCUGAGAGAGCGUCUAGAGACUGCCAACAAGCAGCUUGCAGAGAAGGAAUAUGAGGGGUCGGAGGAUACUAGAAAAACCAUUUCUCAGCUCUUUGCAAAAAAUAAGGAAAGCCAGAGGGAGAAGGAGAAGCUGGAAGCCGAGCUGGCCACGGCCCGUUCUACCAAUGAGGACCAACGACGACACAUUGAAAUCCGAGACCAGGCCUUGAGCAACGCCCAGGCCAAGGUGGUCAAGCUGGAGGAAGAGUUGAAAAAGAAGCAAGUGUAUGUAGAUAAGGUCGAGAAGAUGCAGCAAGCCCUCGUACAGCUCCAGGCGGCGUGUGAAAAACGCGAGCAGUUGGAGCAUCGUCUUCGGACCCGGCUAGAGAGGGAACUGGAAUCACUCAGAAUUCAGCAGCGCCAGGGCAACCCUCAGCCUGCCAACGUUUCAGAACACAGUGCCACUGCACUGAUGGAGUUACUUCGUGAGAAGGAGGAGAGGAUCCUGGCCCUGGAAGCCGAUAUGACGAAGUGGGAGCAGAAGUAUUUGGAGGAGAAUGUGAUGAGACAUUUCGCUCUAGAUGCCGCUGCAACUGUAGCUGCGCAGAGGGAUACAACAGUCAUCAGCCACUCUCCUAACACCAGCUAUGACACAGCUCUGGAAGCUCGCAUCCAGAAAGAGGAGGAAGAGAUCUUGAUGGCCAACAAGCGUUGCCUUGACAUGGAGGGCAGGAUUAAGACGCUUCAUGCUCAAAUUAUUGAGAAGGAUGCCAUGAUCAAAGUGCUCCAGCAGCGUUCCCGGAAGGAGCCAAGUAAGACAGAGCAGCUGUCAUCCAUGCGACCAGCGAAGUCUCUGAUGUCCAUUUCCAAUGCCGGGUCAGGCCUGCUCUCUCAUUCUUCCACCCUGACUGGCACCCCCAUUAUGGAAGAGAAGCGAGAUGACAAGAGCUGGAAGGGGAGCCUAGGUAUCCUCCUGGGUGGGGACUACCGCGCAGAGUCGGUGCCCUCCACACCCUCGCCUGUGCCGCCCUCCACUCCCCUGCUCUCCGCUCACUCCAAGACGGGCAGUCGGGAUUGCAGCACCCAGACGGAACGGGGCACGGAACCGAACAAAACCGCAGCUGUUGCUCCAAUCUCUGUCCCCGCGCCAGUCGCUACUGCCGCCACCUCUGCCGCCAUCAGUGCCAACGCUACCACCACCACCACCACCAUGGUAGCUGCUGCUCCACUUGCUGUCGCUGCUGCUGCUCCUCAGGCUGCUGCCGCCUCCGCUGCCCCAUCUCCAGCAACCGCUGCUGCUGCUGCUGCUCUGGCGGCUGCCAUUUCUCCAGCUGCUGCUGCUCAGGUUCCAGCCGCUGCCUCUGCUGCCGCCGCCACCGCCGCUGCUGCUGCUGCUGUCGCGCCUCCUGCUGCUGUUCAGGUUGCUCCAGCUGCUCCGGCUCCAGUUCCAGCUGCGGCUCCGACUGCGGUUCCGGCUCCAACAGUGUCUCCAGCUUCUGCUCCGGCUCAGACUCAGGUACCAGCUCCAUCUCCAACUGCGGCUGCUACGCCGGCUCCAGCUCCAACUUCAGCUCUGGGUCAGGCUGAGGUUUCUGCAAGUCCAGCUGCCGGCUCUGGACCACGUCGUUUGUCUAUACCAAGUCCGACCUGCAAUCCAGAUAAGACAGAUGGCCCUGUUUUCCACUCCAAUACUCUGGAAAGAAAAGCUCCCAUUCAGAUCCUGGGACAAGAGUCUGAUGCAGAGAUGGUGGAAUAUCUCAUCUAAAUGGCCUAUUCAAGAGCUGCAGUUUAUCAGCAAGAGUGCUUUUAACUAU